CGGAACUGCUGAGUGCAGCAGGCAGCGAGUCCUGCUCGGUUCAUCUGACAGACAUGGAGCGUCGUUGUUAGCUGCGGCGUGUGUGUGUGUUUCCCCGUCGGACCGGUCAAUACACGGGAAGGGUUCGCCCGUAACGUCGCAGGAGCUCCGCGGGAAUCGGAUAACAUGAUGAGGUUCAUGCUGCUUUUCAGCCGGCAGGGGAAGCUGCGUCUACAGAAGUGGUACACAGCCACAUCUGAGCGUGACAAGAAGAAGAUGGUCAGGGAUCUGAUGCAGAUCGUGCUGGCCCGCAAACCAAAGAUGUGCAGCUUCCUAGAAUGGAGGGACCUCAAGAUUGUCUAUAAAAGGUAUGCCAGCUUGUAUUUCUGUUGUGCAAUUGAAGAGCAGGACAAUGAGCUGAUCACACUGGAGGUUAUUCACCGCUUCGUAGAGCUGCUUGAUAAAUACUUUGGCAGUGUGUGUGAGCUGGACAUCAUCUUUAACUUUGAGAAGGCUUACUUCAUUCUAGAUGAGUUCCUAAUGGGAGGAGAGAUCCAGGACACGUCUAAGAAGAGCGUCCUCAAAGCCAUCGAACAGGCAGACAUACUGCAGGAGGAGGACGAGUCUCCCAGGAGUGUGUUGGAGGAAAUGGGCUUGGCAUAAUACACAGCAUUGUUGUGAGAGAUUAUAGAUACUAAGGUAGAGAGAUGGAUGUGAGGGAAUGGGACAGCAUCUGGGAUUUCACUGUCUUGGACUGACUGACUGGUUCUGUGUACCUUUGGUUCUGGGGACUGAUGUGAAAC